GUUGCGGCUGAGCCAGAGAGGAUGACUGCGGAGAGCGCCGAGCCCAAGGGUCCCGUGCGGGCAGCGGAGCCGGGGGGGCCCAAGGUGCCGCUGCCCCCCGUCCCCCCGCGGCGCCGGGGCCGCCGCCUGCGCCGCCAGCCCCCGGCGGAGCCCCCGCCGAAAGGGCAGCUCCGCAUGCGCUCACCGGCCGGAGCCUUUGUCCUGGUGGGCGUCUCCGUGGUCCUGGUGGGCAUGACCAUCGCCGUGGUGGGCUACUGGCCUCACCGUGGACAUGGGGGCACCGGGGCCAGCGUGGGGAACGCCAGCGUGGUGGGGGACACGAGUAGGGAGGUGGCAGCCGGGCACCACAUGCCCCACAGCGAGAAGCUGAAGCUGAUUGGCCCUGUCAUCAUGGGCAUUGGGCUCUUCAUCUUCAUCUGUGCCAACACCAUGCUGUACGAGAACAGGGACAUGGAGACCCGGCAGCUGAUGCAGAAGGGGCUCUAUGGCCUGACAGCGGGGCUACCUGAGGGGCCCAGCCCUGAGGAUGGGCACUGCCAGCGUGGGGACAGCCAGUCCUUCCCCAAGGCCAGUGCAGAGUGCGUGGAGGGCUGUUACCAGGUGGACCUGUCCUGCCAGCCCUGCCCCAGCCCCAGCAGCAAGUGGCCUGGCUGCUACGGCCCCAACCGGCUCCAGAGCAUGGCCGAGUUCCUGCAGCGCCCGGCAGCUUCCCCUGUGGCCUCUCUGCACAGCCUGCGCUCCACCGAGGCCGGCCUGAGCCUGCCGUGCCGCGCCGGAGCCGAGUCCCUCCUGGCCGCGGCCGUGGGCGCCUUGGCACUGCCCAUCAUCAAGCUCAACAACUGCUUGCUGGACGGGGCAGCCCGGGGGGCAGGGAGGGGCCCUGCUGAGCAUCCCCCCGCAUCGCCACAGCUCUCCCGGGCUCCUCUUUCCCUUGGUGACAGCGGGCAGGGUGCUGCUGGUGGGGAUGGGGAUGGGGAUGGGGAUGGGGGCCACGUUGCCAUCAGCAUGGAUGACAGCUGUCCUGGCGCGGAGCUGCUGGUGGAGCUCAGCCCCGAUGUGCACCUCCACACCCUGGGACACUCCAAAUCCCUGGACCUUGGCCAGCCCGGGGUGCUGCUGCUGGCCCCCAUCAAGGACCGUAAGAACCGGAGCUGGCCUCGGCUGGACCGUGUCAGCCUCGUGGGCUACGCCAAACUGGAAAGUACUGGCGAGUCUGCGGAGGGGCUGCUGGAGCCCAGCGAGCCCCCAGGCUGGGGCGAGCCCCGACCCAGCUCCUGGGUGGUGGGGGUGGAGCAGGGCACGCGGGUCUGAUGUCCCCUGCACCUCUGGGGACUCUAACAUCCCAGUCCCUCAUCCUGGCCCCCACCACCCACCAGCGACCCCAAAACCCCACAUCCAGAUAGGGGUUUGGGGCAGCAUUUUUAAGCCAAUGCCAAGAGGAAGGUCACGACCCUCCACUCCUGGGGGAGGACUUGUCUAGGGUGGGAUGUCCUUCCCAGUAGAUGCCCUUGGCCUUACAAGCCCUUCUCCUGGUGGCUUUUCCAGAGGAGUCCUCACUUUGAGACCCCACACAAACUGUGGGAUGGGGACAUGGGGGCAGGUGAAGCCCCACCAGCCCCUAUAGCACUUUAUUCCGGCAGGGUUGGGGUGGGGAGAUGCUUUGGGGGGUGGUAUCCCCGUAUCCAGCCUCAACCCACCAGAAAAUUUGCUUGGCCAGAGCACGUAGGCCCAACAGGGCUAUUAAAUAUUAUCUGGAUGCCAUGUGGUCCUGCCUUGCCUCCUCCUAUUGCCUGUGGGAUGCUUGGGAGGGGCAGCACCUUCGGCAGUCAAUCCAUAGGGUCUCUGAGACCUUGUGCCCCCACCCAGGCUCCAUUGGAGAAGGGGAUGCUCCAUAAUCAGCUGCUCAACAUUCACAGGAUGAGGUGAUAAGCACAAGGUUUGGAAUUUUUAUGGAGAGAAGGGAUGUAAAAGGUGCCCAGGGAGUUGCAGGCAGCGAGGAAGGUGCUGCUGCCCUCCUGGAGUGAAGCAAUUCCGAGAGCCUCUCUGUGGAUCUGGGUUUGUUUGUGUUGGUUUUUGGUGGGAUGAAGGAUGCAGGUGGUGGGAGGAAGGAUGUGAAGGGGCAGAGGUGAGGGAGUGUUGGUUUUGCGAGGUCCUAUUCGGUGCUGCUCUGGUCCUUGGUGCCUGUUGGAUGCAGCACCAGAGCUGUAGGGGAUGAGGGAGGAGGCAGCCUCAGCACUGGGGUGGAUUCCUGGAGAAAAGGGAGCUGGGGGUUCACCCCAUCCCUUCUUACUGCCUCCAGCUCUGUCUCGGGCUGGAAGAGCCCUGGGAUGCCAGGGGCUGUGAAAGGAUGUGUUGGAGCAAUAGGAUGAAGACAGCUCUGCUCUCCAGCAGCUCAGGAGGCUGUGGCAGCCUAGAUGGGAUCUUUGCCUUUUGCCUUUUGCCUUGCAAGCUUUGGGAACAGCAUCAUUCCCCAGAUUAAAACAUCCCAGCAAAAUCAUUGGGAAAUUGCCUUUUCUACCCCAGCCCCCUCUUCUCCUAAAAUGCAAUCCCCCACAUUGUUUUGGGGGGAGGUUCUGCUUUAUAGGGAAAAGCUGUCUCUGUUUCCAGUGCCAGUCCUCCCAGAGAGCUUGGGUGCAGCUUCCCCCAGUGGAGGGAACAGCGACGGGACCGACAGCUGUGGUUGGGGGCCAGUUGCAUCCCAGAGGGUUCUCUGGGAGUGAUACCAGCCCAAGCUCAGCUAUUUAUUUGGCUGCUUAAUCUCAACAUUAUUUAGGCACUGAUUCAAUGCAAAAACAGCAACAAGAAAAAGUCACCAUCGGGGUCUGCCCGGGAGCAGCAUCCCAGGGGAAGUUCCAGAAGGUUGUUUUUGUCCAAAAAUAACUUUUUACAAAUGGGCUUAACCAGCUGCAGCCAGAGCUGAUGCCAGGCCCUGGGCCAUGCUUUAGGAACUGGCAGCAAGAAAUUGGAGUCCAAAAUGCCACAAGGAGCUGCACAAGAAGCUACUGGGGGAGUUUGUUUUAAUUUUUCCCCUUCAUUUUUUGGCUGAGGCUCCAUCUAACCGUGGGAAAUGGCUGGAUCACAGGGAAAGCUGCUUGGACCAUGUGCCUGCCACCAGCAUUGUCCUCCUGCCCCAUCCUCCUUCCCAGCUCAGCAGCAUCCUCCAGGGGAGGCAUUUCUGAGUCACACAGGGAUUAUUUCAAAAUGCAAAGCAGCUUGAUUAAUUAAUCUGGCAGGGUGAGAAACCCUGUGCCUUCUCCAGGGACAGCAGCAUCUGUGCAUCCCUCAUGUUCAGUUCCACCUGUGGACACUGUUCCCAGACCAUCUGUGGGAUUUUAGCAGUGCUGGUUUCAGUGGAUGGAUGCCAUCUAUGCUGUCCUCAUAGUGUCUGGGAAUGAACUGGGCAGGGAUGAGGCUGGGUUAGAAACAGAAAUUAGAAUGUAAAAAUAUACACCCUGGAUGGAUUCCUCCAUUGUCUGCUUGGCUGUGAAGUAGAACAACCCUGGAAGCCCUGGAGAUCUCACACAGCACAGCCUGUGAAGGGCAGUGCUUGGUGGUACUUUCUGUCCUGCUCAGGAACAGUCUGGACUAAAUAUCCAGCUGUUGCCACCCUCCAGGGUAUCCCUCCCGAGGUGACCACUACAGGAGAUUCCUACCAACAGAAGAGGGAUUUCAUCAAAAACACCAGCAAAGAAAAUGGGGGGUUGUCCCCAAUACCAGCAUGUCCAGGCUGACAAGGACCCCUGGGGUCCCUCGGACCAGAGGAUGGGGGCUGGAGAGACCACGGGCAAUUGCAGUUAUCCCCCACCACCAAGUGACCUCUCACUCAGCUGGUGCGUGGCUACAGGACAGCUUAGUUCGGGGCAAAAACGGAUAAAAUGUGGAAAAUGAGGGAAACCACUACCAUAGGCUGUGUGUUGGAGAUGUGCCCUGAGGAGGAGCAAACCCUGCCGGUGGCUGUAAGAGGGUCUGUCAUGCCCGGGGACACCCCAGUAGUGCCAGCGAGUCUCCAGAUUUGCUGCUGGGACACCUCUGUCCCCAGAGAGCACAACAUCCAGAGCUGGGGACAAUCACUCCUGAUGCUGCUCGGCCCUUGGCUGGUUUGCAGCUCUUUCUCCUCUUCUUCCUCCACCUCCUCCUCCUUCUCUCCCCGCAGCGGGGCGGGUCACAGCCGUGGAUCGGCUUGGCCGGAGAGCCCUUCCAGAAGGCUGACGGUGUGUGGCAAGGCGAGGGCUCCGCUGGCACCUGCAGUCCAGCCGGGAGUGAGCGGCCCCGGCAGUGAAUCUGCUUGCCGAGGUGGGCAAGGUGUGACCUGCGCUGGGCGAGCGUGGCUCUUGCCUUCCGCGGCCGAAGAGGAGCGGUGUGAUGGGUGCGGGUGUGCUCCGCGGGUCUGUAACACCCUGCACGCUUCUGGCAGGG